AUGUUGCCCUUCGACCAGGAGGAAUGGCGUGAGAGCCUGGAGAAGCAGAGCCAGCCUCUGGAGCUGCGCUGCGUGAAGGGGGAGCUGGAGCUGUUGAAGGCUCUGGUGGAGUUGAUCCGCUCAGCCGAUCCAGACGUCUGCUUGGGUUGGGAACUUCGCAGCAGAAGCUGGGGCUUCGUCCUCGCGCGCGCCCGGGCGCUAGGAGCCGAGGACUUGCGGAGACAGCUGUCGCGAGUACCACACGAUGCUAGCCCGCUUCCGCUCCCACAGCCUACGUCGGCAUCGUCGAUUGGCCCUGGCCAGGAUCCUCGCACCUACGAGUCAGAAAUGAUUGCACCCAGCGAUUUGCAGCUUCCUGGGCGGCUCCUCCUGAAUGUCUGGCGGCUCCUCAUGCACAUCACCUUUGGGGCCAAGUUGCGGAGUUUUGCCCCCCAGGACUCCAAGAGUACGAGUACGCAAUGUCAAAGUCAUAGCUGA